UUACCAAUCUCUAACCUAUUGAUCGGUUGGUUGUUCGGCGUGGUUGCUGAGAAGCAAACAGUCACUGUGAGAGCACCAUACACAUAAACUGAGCACCCAUUCAUUUUGCUGCCUCCACCAUUCUGUGCAAUCAACUCCGUAGUUUGUUUUCAUCCUUUCACGCUCGACUGAUUACAAUUUAGGAGGAAGCAAAUCGGUCCUUGCAGCUGUAAUAAUGGCUAAAGUUUUGCUAGGAAUGCCGGGACCAUGGGCAAACGAUUAUCGCGAACUAUCCGAUCCCUUUACUACUAAAAUCGGAGGCAUCCCUGAUUGGCCCCUUCCCAAGGAUUCCAUCAAUACUGAUUUGCUUCUUUGUGCCACUUGUUCCGGUAGCCUCUCUCUCGUUGCACAAGUUUAUGCUCCACUGUCUCAUCAUCAUCGAAUUCUAUUCAUUUUCGGUUGUGUUUCGCCCAAAUGCACAACUGUUUGGCGAGUUCUUAGACUUCAGAAACUUGCUGACGUGGAUAUCUCUCAACAUAAACAACAGGUCGAGGUUCAAAAUUCCAACUCAAGGGAUGAUGAAGACGAAAGCGAAGAUGAAGAUGACAUGAGUUUUGAAGAAUUGGCUGAGGCACUCUUUCAAGCUGGGACUUUGGCUUCUUCUAAUUCUAAAUCUAAGAGCAAGAAACAACAGAAAAAACGCCAACACAAUUUCCCUACAUCUUCUCCAUAUCCAGAACCAACAACAGCGUCUGAAGAUGUUAAUAAUCAUAAUGAUAUUCCAGUGGUGCCUUGCUUUUAUAUAUACACACAGGAAGAGCCUUCUACUGGGGGUCUUAGUUCUGUUUGCUCUAGCUACUCAUCACUUUCUAUUAAGGAGAAUGGAAAUUCUGUUGAGGAUAAUAUGCAAGCAGAAGAAACUUGGGAAAAGGAACAGUAUGAAUAUGAUAAAGCUUUGACUGCUGAUCGAACAUACCUCAAGUUCAAGAAACGGUUGGAUGCGUAUCCUGAGCAGUGUUUCAGAUACUCACAUGGUGGCAAGCCAAUUUUAGCUGUGGCUGAUGAAAUAAACCCUGGAAGUUGUGGGCUCUGUGGCAGACCAAGGCAAUUCGAGAUGCAACUAAUGCCUCCAUUACUAUACUUUCUACAGGAAGCACUUGAUGAUAACCAAAGACAGAUGGUUGAAAACUGGGAUUGGAUGACCCUGCUCGUAUUAACUUGUCCUGAGAGUUGCUGUGAAGAGAUUAAACAAGUGAAGUCCAAUAGCGAAGGCUGGAUCAUAGCAGAGGAAGCUGUUGUAGCUCAAUGUGAGGAGUCCAUGCCCACUCAGCUGGGCUAUUUCUCAUGAUCACUGAUUUUGAUGUAAGGAGUUCAAUAUGAGAAAAUUGUAAGUCAAUCAAAGAAUAUGAAUUGAUAAGUGUGUUAUAGAGAUUAUAUUCUACAAUGAAUUUUGUUUUGGUAAUUUUUUUGCUUUA